ACAAAACAAAACAAUAUAAAAUAAAGCACUUCCCAUUGAUUUCUUUUGCUCCUCGUUCAAACCAAGAAAGAAAAAUACCAUAUUUUAAACAUACUCAUGAAAGUGUAACCUUCAAAAACACAAUCACUAAUUAAACUCAUUAAUUUCUUUAAUGACUUUGAAACUCAACUUCUUCAAUUGAUUAUGAAGAACGUUUCAAGAAACAAGUUCUUGCUGUGUUUCCGACCAGUCGACGAGGUGAUGCUCGACUCUGAAAGUGCUGUUAAAAGAUCCCAAAAUCCUUCUUCUUUAACAAUUGUUGGCAUUAAAAGUAGGAAAGGGGAAAUGAAGAAGCCAAGGUCAAAGAGUUCAUCAUCAUCAACCACUUCAGCUGACAAUUCUUUGAUUCUUCAUCCUCCAAGAAAGACUUCCUUCUCUCGAGCAAUCAAAGCUGUUCUGUUUGAAAUUAUAUUGUCCAAGCGGGUUCGUGAUGGAAGAUCUUUAAGCGAAGAUUUAUACGAAUCAAAGCAUAGUUCGUCUUCCUUUAAUAAAAAUGAAGAGAUAAAAUCAAAUAUAGAGUCGUCUUCGUCAUCUUCAUCUUCAUCUUCAUUAAUAUCAGAGCCAAACAGCAAAAAGAAUAAUAUAAUAAGACCAAAUGAAGAGAAGAAAGACAUGGGGAUAUAUUUGGUCCUUUUUAGUCUUACAGUGACAAUAUUUUGGGGAAAGCUCUGUGCAAUAAUUUUUAUAUCAGUUUGGUUAUAUUUUCUGGGCAGGCUCUGAACAAAUAUUAGUUCAUUGGAAUACGCCAUAGAGAAAAGAGUGUAAAAGGUAAAAGGAGAAGAGUCCUAAUGGAAGGAUUGCUUGAAAGAAACCCUUUUUUCCUUCCUUUUUGUUUUGGCUUCAUGCAUUUUCAUUUUCUUAGUCGUAUUAUGUCUUGGUUUAUUUUAUCCUUUAUUUCUUAAAUUUUUCUUUUUUUUUUUUAGUAUUUUGGUUACUGGAACUAUGGGCCAAAUUAAAUUUCCAUUCGUAUUUUAUCAGCAGUUGUUUCUUUCUCGUUCUUUUAUUUAAUUUAUUUUUUCAAUAACGUAGAUACUUUGU